AUGACUAAUUCAGCGCCUGAAAAUGUGACGGCGAAACUUGAGGAGCUCCAAGUCAACGGAGAAUUGGAAGACGACGAUGAUAAGGUGACACCUUGGGAGGUAACGACGACGAAAGCGUCAGGAAUCGAUUAUGAUAAAUUGAUUGUGAGAUUCGGUUGCCGAAAACUCGAUGAAGACAUAAUUGCCCGUUUCGAACGUGUAACCGGACACAAAUCAUGUGUAAUGCUCCGACGUGGAAUGUUCUUCGCUCACAGAGAUUUCACGGCGAUUCUAGAUUGUAAGGAAAAAGGAGAGCCGUUUUUCCUGUACACUGGUCGUGGCGCCUCAUCGGGGUCACUUCAUUUGGGGCAUCUUGUCCCAUUCAUCUUCACAAAAUGGCUUCAAGAGGUGUUUGAUGUUCCGUUGAUUGUUCAAAUGACCGAUGAUGAGAAGUUCUUGUGGAAAGAUAUGACGGUGGAUGACGCCAAGGAAAUGUCUCGCGAGAAUAUGAAGGACAUAAUCUCCGUCGGCUUCGACCCCACUAAAACCUUCAUCUUUAACAAUUUCGAUUAUAUGUGCCCUCCAUUCUACGAGAACAUUGUCAAAAUUUGGAAGACGGUCAACGCGAAUCAAACCCGCUCAAUUUUCGGAUUCACUCCAGAAGAUUGUAUGGGGAAGGCAGCUUUCCCAGCUGUCGAAGCCGCCCCAUGCUUUGCCUCGUCGUUCCCACAUAUUUUUGGAGAGAAGGGAAAGAAGAAUGACAUUCCUUGCCUGAUUCCAUGUGCCAUUGACCAGGACCCAUACUUCAGAAUGUGUCGUGACGUGGCACCAAAGUUAAAGGCGUCGAAGCCAUCGCUCAUCUUCUCCACUUUCCUGCCAGCGCUGCAGGGUGCUCAGACGAAGAUGAGUUCAUCGGAGCCGAAUACAUGUAUCUUUUUGGAUGAUACACCGAAGCAGAUCAAGAAUAAGAUCAACAAGUACGCAUUUUCCGGUGGCCAACAAACCAUCCAAGAGCACCGCGCUAAGGGAGGCAAUUGCGACGUGGAUAUCAGUUUCCAAUUCCUUCGUUUCUUCUUGGAAGACGAUGCGGAACUCGAAAAGAUCCGUGAACAAUACACCAAAGGAGAACUUUUGUCGGGAGAGCUGAAGGCUCGUGCCACGGUGGAGGUGCAGAAAAUUAUUGCGGAAAUGGCGGAGAGACGGAAGAAUGUAACUGAUGAGACUGUCGAUGAGUUCACCAAAAUACGCUCAUUUCCUUAUCAAUAUUAA